AUGGAAGACUGUCCAUUGGAUAAAACACAAUUAGGAUAUCAUACCUGGAGUCUUCUUCACUCGAUGGUGGCGUACUAUCCAGAUGACCCUUCGCACCAACAGCGGAAAGAUAUGGACAAUUUUUUUAGAUUAAUUGGCCGUCUUUAUCCUUGUGAAACAUGUGCAAGAGAUUUCACAUUACUUUUAACCAGUCAACCACCUGAAACAGAUUCUCAACAAUCCCUAUCGAAUUGGCUAUGCCGUGUACAUAACCACGUUAAUCAAAAACUUGGUAAGCCAUUAUUUGAUUGUAACCAGGUUAACGAGCGAUGGAGGGAUGGGUGGAAGGACGGAAGCUGUCAAUAA